AUGGAGGCCAAACACCUCAAAGGGGAGUUGGGCUUACAAUUUCAAGCUUACACAGAAUCUGAGCAGAUGAGAGGGAGGGCUCCUUUGGGAAGAGUGUUGUUGAACAUGAUUGCAAGACGCUUUUUCCUUGAUCAAAGUCGUGGUGCCAAUCUCACUCAGCAAAGUUUGCUUGAACUUGAAGUCACUCAAUAUACACCUGAAGGACUGAGUAGCUUUGUUGAUCGGGUAGAGUAUGUGCUGAAUUCGAUUCCACCGGAGUUGCAGCCAUCAGAAAUGACUCGUUACACUUGGCUAUACUCACGUAUGCGUAAGGUAAGAGUGAUGCAAAGACACAUUGACAAGAUCCGUGAUUCCAGAGUCGGUUCUCACUGUCGUACCUAUGACUGGCUUUUCGGAAAGCUCAAGACGUGCAUCAAUGAGAUGAAGGAAGACCAGAACGAAGAGGCAGUGCGCAGUUCGCUUCAGAAACGACUCAAAGACAAGGACAAGGACAACAAGCCAAAGCCAAAGGCCGCGGCUGCAACGACAAAGUCGGAAGGUACACAAGAGGAGUCCAAAGGACUUCCAAACCCGAAGGCCAAGGCAAAGCCAAAAGCCACUCAGCCUAAUCCAAAGGAGAAAGGUUCUGGGGAAAAGGGUAAGGGUAAGAAGGAAAAUAAAGGCAAAGGUCCGGGUCAAGGAGAGGAGACAAAGUCAAAUCCCAAGCCAAAGGCUGAUCCGAAGCCAGACAAAGCACGUGUAGAUUGUCUGUUCUGGGGAAAGGGUUCAUGCAACCGUGGUGAUGCAUGUCCGUUUUACCAUGACCCAGCCAAGAAGGCAGCGGCAAAGCCAAAACCUUCGCCUUCGCAGCCCUCUGCAUCAACCGCCAAAGCUGCAGUCGCGACCAUAGCUUCGGUUGGAAAUCUUGCAUCAUCGAGUGCGUGUUCCGUUGCAUCCAAAGGGUCAACAUCUUCCAUGGGAAAAUCCUUGAUUGGAAGGUUCAUGCAGUUCGUUGCCACUUGUGUAUCAAUGCUCACUGGUGCCCAUACGCCGCAGGGGUUUGCCUCCGUGGCAACACUGUCGGCAGCACCAGCCGUUGUCCAUCACCAUAAUCAUGGAAUUGCAAUGAGUGCCAAAGCAGCUGAUCAGUACUCGUUUGAAUGGAUUGCAGACUCUGGGGCAGGCCGUGACCUCACAUCGCAUCGUGCUUUGAUUGAGCAGGGUGUUCCAAAUGCUGUGAUUCAGAAACAAACUCAAUCCGUAAAUCCAAUCAAAUUUGAAACCGGAAAUGGCACAGUAGUGAGUGAUUCUUGCAUUGAAAUUCCUGGAGAUGUUUUUGGAGAAGCUCGUUUUCAGGUCAUGGACGAUUGCCCCAUGGUUCGAUCACUUGGUAAACUUGUGGAGCAGGGUCAUCCCUUCAUUUGGUGCCCAGGUGAGUUGCCGUUCUUUGCAAAAAGCGUAGACUCCAUUCAAUUGACACACAACUCAGAUAUCAUUCGUGCUCAACGAGUAGAGGAUAGUGUGCUGCAGGCGGAGAUGUUGCACACCCAGCUUCAGCUGUGGUUCCAGAAGCUCGAGCCGAACGAACUCUAUGUUGAGGAGAAAGAGCCUUUGCUUCCUUUGAAGCGUGCAGCGGAUCUGGCAUUGGCCAACUUCAGUGAAGCAACAUUGGAUGACAUUCCGCCUCUUGACAUACCUUUUUCAGACGUAGCCAUCGAAGGAAAAGUAAAGAGAAGUGAGUACAUCACCCUUGAUCGCAUCAUGCGCUUCGGAGCAACAGAGGGUUGUCGUGCGUGUAGGUUUGAAUCAACUUAUAGUAAGCACACUCCCAUUUGCCGUGCGCGAUUCAAUGGACUAAUCAGGGCAGAUCGCAUUGCAUCAUCGAGAGCAGAUGGGUCAAACACUCCAGUUCCAGUGACGCCAGCACCCGAAACACCAGCCCCAGAGAUUGUUGAAGAAUUUGCAGGUGUUCCAGAAGAGGAGCUUCCGUUCAGUGCUGGAAUUGCCCCGGAUCGUGCGGCCAUUGUGAAAGUUUUGAGUCACGGUGGUCGUGCAGCCUUUGAAUUGCCAGCAGAGAAUGAACUGUGGAAAGACCCAGAAUGGAUGAAGUUUGAAGCAGAUCAUUCAAUGAAACGUGUGUUCUUUAACGGUUGUUCUUUUAACCUUCGUGGAAAGGGGGGUGAAUUGAUAAAGAAGCCGUGGGCUGUCAGCACUUCUGACAUGCGACUCAUACAAAUCCUUGACCAGCAUAAGUGUUCAGGCGACCACCAGCAUGAACCAGCAAUGGGAGGCAAUGCAGCACACACAGCAUACUACACACCAGAAAUGGCGUCAAAGAUUCUCGAGGCCCUUUAUCCGAAUAAGUUUUACAGUUCCGUUCCAUCAGUUCAGCAUGGUUCAGCCUUUGUCACUUUGAACCUCAGCCGAUGCCAGUGGUUGAAUGAUGAGAGAGGAGUCCAAGCUGUACAGAAAGAAGCAGAUGGCCUCAGAGCCAACGAAACUUGGAACGACGAAACGGUCGAUACCCUUCAGAACUGGAAGACUUGGGCCCGGAAUUCCAACAUCAAGAUUCAUGUCGCGGACCUUUUAACCCUUUGCGGAAUAAAGCACUUCGAGUUGGGACCCUCGCAAUGGAAAUAUAAGGGCCGUGUCGUUUAUAGAGGCGACAGAAUCAGAGACACAGAUGGAAAUGUAAUUCUGUUCCAAGAAACAGCAACAAGUCCCACAGCGAUAAUCGCACUACAAAUAGCCCUUUGGUACGGCUUGCUAGCCGAUCACAUUGUGACAUAUAGUGACGCAGUUCAGGCAUUUCUUCAGACAUGGUUGGACAAGAACGAUUGGACGCUUGUCAUCCUGCCAGUUGAACUUUGGAAACCUGAAUGGAAAGCUCGCUUUGGUGAAUCCGCAAAGUUGGCAGUUCGGUUGCAGAAAAGCCUGUACGGCCACCCUAUGGCCGGAAAGUGGUGGCAGCAGUUCCUCAACUCUUGCAUUGUGAAACUGGAUCCAUUUCAAGAGAUCAACACAGAAGGACUCUUGAUCUUGGGACGCAGACACUUCAUUGAGAGAAGUCCAUCUACCUCAAAGAUCACAUUCGACAUGCGUACUUAUGUUGAUCAGGUUGUGAAGACGUACUGUGAGCUUACUGGAACAGAAGUCGCAGCUUUGAAGAAGGUCAGCACUCCAAGUUAUCCAGAGAACUCCAUGACAGAUGAAGAGUUGAACCAACAAGGACAACUCAGCGGUUCAGCAGCCAGAGUUCUGAUGAGAAUCCUUUGGCUCUCCAGACUCGCUCGCCCAGAUGUGAGUUUCAUUGUGGGUCGUUUGGCAACACGCGUCACACAGUGGUCGAAAUUCGAAGACAGACAACUGUACAGAUGCAUUUGUUAUCUUCACCACAGUCGAGACAAAGUUUUGGUAGGACAAAUCGACCAUGCACACGAACAAGAAGCAUCAAUCGAGGUGUUUACAGACAGUGACUUUGCCAGCUGUCCAUUCAGUGCUAAAAGCACGUCCGGAAUCAUGAUAGUGAUCAAGACAGGUCAGUUGUCGCUUCCGAUUUACUGGAGCAGUCGAAAACAGACAAGUGUAGCUCGUAGCACGCCGGAGGCCGAGCUGAUCGCUAUGUCGUCUGCCAUGUUCACGGAAGUCAUCAACGUACAAACCAUGCUGCAACAGCUAUUGGAACGACCUAUCCAAGUUAACUAUCGUCAAGACAACCAAGCAGUAGUUGACAUCGUCACUUCUGGCGCCGUGGUGGCCUCCCGUCUCAGCGAGGACCGUGGCGCCUCGGUGCUGCUGCUGGAGGCGGGGCCGCGGCAGGAGGCGAUGACCGCGGUGCCGGCGGCCUGUGGGGCGCUGCAGAAAACUCCCGUGGAUUGGGCGAGGCGCAGUGCGGGCUACGGCAUUGGGCGCGGCCUGGAGGGUGGCCAGGUGAAUCUACCCAGCGGCCGGGUCUUGGGUGGCUCCACCGCGAUCAACUACAUGGCCUACGUCCGUGGCAGCCCCAAGGACUACGACCUCUGGGCUACGUUGGGGGCCGAUGGAUGGAGUUGGAAGGAGGUGCUGCCAUACUUCAAGAAGAGCCAAGGCCUUAGUGCAGAGGGCGCUCCUGCGCAAGCCGUGCAAAGCGAUGCACACGGUCGUCAAGGCCCCUGGGGCGUCAGCUUCCGGUCGCCGCCGCUGCCGAGCGUCUCCAGCUUUGUGGCUGCGGCAACGGAACAAGGUUACACCCUUGGGGACUACAACUCCACUGCGCGGUCCCAGACGAAUGCUGCGGGGCGCGGAGUAGUAAGUCCGCAUCAGUUCAGCAUCAAGAAUGGCCAGCGCUCUUGCACCAGCAAGGCGUUUCUCGAGCCGCACAUGGACCAUCGAAGAAGCCUCACUGUCUCGACCAUGGCGCGUGCACGGCGUGUGCUUUUGGACGGCAAGCGAGCAGUUGGAGUGGAGUACGUCGACGAAGUUUCUGGCGAGGUGAAGGAAGCACACGCCUCACAGGAGGUGGUGAUUUCCUGUGGCAGUUACGCCACUCCCGGACUCCUGUUGCGGUCCGGCAUUGGACCGAAAAAAGAGCUCGAAGCCGCACAAGUUGACUGUCAAUUGGACCUGCCGGCGGUGGGCAAGAACUUGAAAGAUCAUUUGUACCUUUGUGUUCCUGUCUCUGGCCUCGGCCAUACCACUGCGCAACUGGAGAGCGAAUGUACCCCUGAGGGAGCUGGCUUCCAACGGUACCUGGAGACGGGGAAAGGUUUGGCUUCCACCAGCCUCUAUGAAGCGAGUGCCUUCUAUAGCAGUGGCUUGCAUCCAGAGGACGCCAGCAGACAGGACGGUCAGAUCUCCUUUGGUGUUGGCAGCACGCCGGAGUUGUGGUCCAAGAACUUUGGCAUCAAGGACUUUACGGCAGACAACUGGAGAUUCGACGGCAUGUUCAACAAGGACGUGCCAUCAUCCAUGCUGAUCGCCACGUUGAACCAACCCACGAGUCGCGGCGAAGUGCUGCUGCGGGGCGAAGAUGUGGAGGUGCGACACCACUACUUGGACCAGGAGGCAGAUCUGCAGAUGUUCAUGGCCAUCUGCAAAGAGGCCGUGAAGCUGCUGGAGCAGCCCUCCUUACGAAGUGAGGUCAAGGAAGUGCUAGUCCCCCAGGUGCUUUCGAGGCAGUUUGGGGACGACCUGCAGAGCGAUCGUCUCUGGGAGGCCUGGAUCCGUUCCUUUGCACAGACGAUCUAUCACCCCGUGUCCACCUGCGCCAUCAACCAGGUCGUGGAUCCCAAGUGCCGCGUCCUGGGCCUCCAAGGGCUGAGAGUGGCGGAUGCCUCGGUCAUGCCGGAGGCGAUCUCAGGCAACACCCAAGCGCCCUGCGUGAUGAUCGGUGAGAAAGUUGCAGAUCUGAUGGCAGCAGAACAUGGGCUUAGUCUCCAAAGUUGA